AGAACCCCGGGCCAGAGAAGGCGGCUUGGAGACUGGGAUUCUCUGUUGUCUUCUGUCAUUCUCGUGGUUCAAGUUACCGGGCUUAGACUACGCCUCUCCCUCCCUGAGGAGUCACGCCAAGCAGUGCCGGAGAGGCCUGGUUUGAGUUUUCUAACGUCCUCCUGCCGUCCCUGAGCAGUCCCUUUGAGAUUCGGCGGGGAGGGGUAUGAGUGCCAAUUUUAGAGGCAGAGGAUUUGGGCGAGGAUUUCAAAACUGGAGAAGAGGAAGAGGUGGUUGGGGCUUUGGUAAAGGAAGAGGAAAAGAACAAAGACAUGAUGAGAAGAAAACAACAGAGAAACAUGUUUCUGUACAAAGCCCGGAACCUUGGCUGCAACAAUCAACUCUAGACCAGUUCAUACCAUAUAAAGGCUGGAAAUUUUAUUUCUCUGAAGUUUACAGCGAUAGUUCUCCUUUUGUUCAGAAGAUUCAAGCAUUUGAAGAUUUUUUCACAAAGCACAUUGAGUUAUAUGAUAAGGAUGAAAUAGAAAGAAAAGGAAGUAUUUUGGUGGAUUAUAAAGAACUGAUACAAGAUGAUAAAUUGACUAACUUGAUACCAAACAUAGCAACUGAAUUAAGAGAUAUGCCUGAAAAAACAUUGGCCUGUAUGGGUCUAGCAAUUCAUCAGAUAUUAACAAAAGAUCUUGAAAGACAUGCAGCUGAAUUACAGGCCCAAGAGGGAUUAUCAAGUGAAGGAGAAACAAUUGUAAAUGUGCCACAUAUCAUUGCAAGGGUAUACAACUAUGACUCCCUAACUCAAUUGAAAAAUGUCCGAGCCAAUUGCUAUGGAAAAUAUAUUGCUUUACGAGGAACAGUUGUUCGAGUCAGUAAUAUAAAACCUCUUUGUACCAAGAUGGCUUUUUUGUGUGCUACUUGUGGAGAAAUACAAAGUUUUUCUUUUCCAGAUGGAAAAUAUAGUCUUCCCACAAAGUGUCCUGUGCCUGUAUGCCAUGGGAAAACAUUCACUGCCAUCCGAAGCUGUCCUCUCACAGUUACUGUAGAUUGGCAGACUAUUAAAAUUCAAGAGUUGAUGUCAGAUGACCAGAGAGAAGCAGGUCGGAUUCCUCGAACAAUAGAAUGUGAACUUGUUCAGGACCUUGUAGAUAGCUGUGUUCCAGGAGACAUAGUCACCAUUACAGGAAUUGUUAAAGUGUCAAAUACCGAAGAAGGUUCUCGAAAUAAGAAUGACAAGUGCAUGUUCCUUUUAUACAUUGAAGCAAAUUCUGUCAGCAAUAGCAAAGGACAAAAAACAAAAAUUUCUGAAAAUGGAGUAAAUUAUGGAACAUCUAUGGAGUUUUCACUGAAAGAUCUUUAUGCUGUCCAAGAAAUUCAAUCUGAAGAAAACCUUUUUAAGCUUAUUGUCAACUCACUUUGCCCUGUAAUUUUUGGUCAUGAACUUGUUAAAGCUGGUUUGGCAUUAGCACUCUUUGGAGGAUGUCAAAAAUAUGUGGAUGACAAAAACAGAAUUCCAAUUCGAGGAGACCCACAUGUCUUAGUGGUUGGAGAUCCAGGAUUGGGAAAGAGUCAAAUGCUACAGGCAGUGUGUAAUGUUGCUCCACGUGGUGUUUAUGUUUGUGGAAAUACAACUACUUCAUCUGGUCUGACUGUAACACUUUCAAAAGAUAGUACAUCUGGAGACUUUGCCUUAGAAGCUGGUGCCCUGGUACUUGGUGAUCAAGGUAUUUGUGGAAUAGAUGAAUUUGAUAAGAUGGGUAAUCAGCAUCAAGCCCUGCUAGAAGCUAUGGAACAGCAAAGUAUUAGUCUUGCUAAAGCUGGCAUUGUCUGCAACCUUCCAGCAAGAACUUCAAUUAUUGCUGCUGCAAACCCAGUUGGGGGACACUAUAAUAAAGCUAAAACUGUUUCUGAAAAUUUAAAAAUUGGGAGUGCUCUGUUAUCCAGAUUUGAUUUGGUAUUUAUCCUACUGGAUACUCCAAAUGAGGAUCAUGACCAUUUACUUUCUGAACAUGUAAUGGCAAUAAGAGCUGGAAAGAAGAAAACAGUUUCAAGUGCCACAGUGUCUCGUAUGAGCACUCAGGAUUCAAACACUUCUUUGCUUGAAGUUGUCUCUGAUAAACCUUUAUCAGAAAGACUAAAAGUUUCUCCUGGAGAAAACUUAGAUCCAAUUCCACACUAUUUAUUGAGAAAGUAUGUUGGAUAUUCUCGGCAAUAUGUUCAUCCAAAGUUAUCUCCAGAAGCUGCUCAAAUUCUUCAAAAUUUUUAUCUUGAACUUCGGAAACAGACUCAGAGAUUAAAUGGCACACCAAUUACCACAAGGCAGUUGGAGUCAUUAAUUCGUCUGACAGAGGCUCGGACAAGGUUAGAAUUAAGGGAAAAAGCAACCAAAGAAGAUGCAGAGGACAUAGUUGAAAUUAUGAAGUACAGUAUGCUAGGAACUUACUCAGAUGAGUUUGGGAAUCUGGAUUUUGAACGUUCUCAACAUGGUUCUGGAAUGAGCAACAGAUCAGCAGCAAAAAGGUUUAUUUCUGCUCUCAACACCAUUGCAGAAAGAACCUAUAAUAAUUUAUUUCAAUAUCAACAACUUCGACAGAUUUCUAAAGAGCUAAACAUUCAGGUUGCUGAUUUUGAAAAUUUUAUCAGUUCAUUAAAUGACCAAGGUUACCUCUUGAAAAAAGGUCCAAAAAUCUACCAGCUCCAAACUAUGUAAAGUGAGUUUCCCCAAAUAACUUACCAUCAACAGUUAAUUUAAAAAAAAAAAUUUUUGUUUGAAAUGUAAGAGAAAGUAUAUCUGAAUUUACUAUCAAUUUAAUGUUAGUCAUAUAGUUUUCUUAAAAUAAUUUUUUGUAGUUAGAAAUACCACAUGAAAAGAGAAUCAAAUGUAGUAGAUAAGGUGAAUUAAAUAAUUUGUUUUUUUUUUUUUUCAAUGAUAGGCAGCCUCCUUAUUCAUUUCUCCCCAAAGGUCCACAGUUGUUUACAUUUUUCUUCCUAGUAGUCAAAAAAAACCUGAAAUAUAUCUCAAUCACUUUUUUAUACUUAAAUUUUUCACAUUUAAAAAAAAUCAGUUUUGAAGGAGGCACAAGGUAUAUUUAAAAUUUUGAAUUAAAUUGUUCCAACAAAAAAGUUACAUAGUAUUUAUUGUAGCUUAUUUUUGCUUAAAUUUUAUAUUACUUAGAAAUUAAUAUUUGAUAUUUUUUCAUCUUGACAUUUGAUCUUGACUAUAUUUAAUAUUCUUCAAAAGGGGGUUUUCAUAUGUGAAAUUCUCAGCUUAAAAUUUAAAAUGAAAUUAAAAUGAGCCUAUUUUUUGUACUUAUUGUAAGUGAUGUAAAUGAUAUUAAAACUUAAUUUUAUAAAAACUUUUAAAAUUUAUGUGUAUUCCUUUUGCUAUUUAACUAAGCAAAUGACAAUUCAGUGUAAAAGGAUGUUACUGCUUGGUGGUUUUUUUUUUUUUCCUUUAAUUUCAUAAAUAAGAUAGACUUAAAGAUAAUUAGCUCAAUUUCCUGGCAUGUUAUGGUUCCAGAGAGUAGUUAGAAAUUUGGAGAUACCACACUUUUUAAUGAAUGAAUGGCUUUAAAAUUGUUUAAUUUUACUGUGCUAAGAGGGUUAUUUUUGUUCUCAUCACUGAUUCUAAAAUAAUCUGCUCCUUAUUUUCUAAAACCUUUUUUUAAAUUUAAAAAUAUGUGAAAUUUAGAGGAGGCAUUGUGGUAUUGCUCCUCCCAGCUCUCCCCACAUCAAGGUACAUGUAUUCUUCAAGCUAUAUUUCAUGACCUUUUUCCUUUAACUUUGGCAUCUGCUUAACUUUAUCCAAGAUAAAAGCAGCAGUUUAACUGAUUGCCUCAUCUCUACAUGCCUCCAGCAGUAUCCUAGA